AUGCAGGCGCACGUCGCCGCGGACGUCGUCUGGGACUCCGCAGGGGGGCAGUGCAAGGGGGAGGAAGGAGAGGGCGGGGCCAUGUCUCCGCGCUACUGGCCCUGGGGGGCCAAGUGCAGCGGCCAUGGCCAGGAGCAGACCGAAGGAGUGCGGGCACGGGCCCGAGCGCUGACGAGAGCGGAGCGCAUGCUGCAGCUCGAGCAGCCCGUGGGCGCCCAUGCGGGCAUGACCAGCCCGAAGAAGCAGCGUCGUGUGCGAGCAGUUGCCUGGGUGUCCUUGAUGCCAGGCGGCCUCAAAGAGGACUACUCGACGUCGCACGCGUUCAACGACGACAACCACUGCGACCUGACGACUAUGGCGGUUCAGGAGGGGAUCGGCGACCAGAAGUUGGUGCUCUGCCUCAGGGGUUCGCCCGCGGCGGCCGAGGAGGCCAUGUCGGAAGACCCGGCGGACAGGCAGCUCGGAGGAACGGAGAGGGAGGGACCAGCACUUGACAUGAACAGGGCAGAGAGGCAGAAGCAUCAGGGCAGGAUUGCAUUCAAGCUGGUCUGGGCACCGCCCGACUUCUCGCAGUUCGUGCUGGUGGACGACGAAGGCCGGGAGCUCCGGCGGGGCAGGCCCACGGGCAGCCUGCCCCCCGCGCGGGCCCGGCAGGGCAAUUUCGAGUUGGUCGCCGGAGGUAAGUACGCUCUCGCCGCCGAGGCCUUGGCAGGCGAGAAGAUGCACGAUGGCUCCGUGGACCUGGCAGACGGUUGAUGAGAGUUGCUGAUGCUGGUGAUGAUGACGAUGAUGCUGUGGACAAGCGGCACAGGGAGGCGAGGAGGAGAGAUACGAGGAGGGAGGUGCAGGGGAGUUGCAUGAUGAUAAUGUUGAGGAUCAGGCGCUCGCCUGGCAGGUUCCACUCGUCCUCCUGCGGCGGACAGUACUCGAUUCGCCGUAUUGCUGCUGAUCCCCAUUUUGCCUCUCAUCCGUCCUUUCCGUCCUCGUCCACAUCUUAUUCCCGAUCCUCUUCCACAUCCUACCCAUUGCCUCAUGAUCACCGGUAUCCUUCAUCGUAUUGCUGCUGGUCCGUGCGUCGCCCCCGUUCAUCCUCCGUUCAUGUCGUCAUCGUCCUUCUCCUCCCCUGGACGUCAUUUCUACUCGAUCCCACUUGGACAUUCGACACCCCAUCCGAACGCAAUGAGGAUACAUUGGAUAUGGGGCUUGCUCCAUUGGCCAUGGCGUCCUAUUGAAAUCCUAGUCGAAUGCGCUGCGGGUCCCCUGUCUCUAGGAUUUGCUCUGUUACUAUUCAGAGGGGGGUAUGCUCCUCCGCCUCCUCCUUGUUCACUUACGUGAGAGAGGGAGAGAGAGAGAGAGCGCGCAAAGAGAACGAGACAGAGAGAACGAGUGGCUUCGCCUCCUUUGCCCUUGCUUAUGGGUGCACAAGCACAGGUAUGGAU